GACAAAAAAUGGAACACACCAGCAGUGUGAGGAGACCUGAAAGUGGCACAUGGCAUGGCAGAGUGUGGCGAUGGAGACAGCAGCAAUGGGAGGCCGUACAGGGACCCAUGAGAGACUCUGGACCUGGCAGCAGCAUGAGGAGGCGGUACAGGGGCCCAUGGCAGAUUAGGGGCCUGGCAGCAGCAAUGGGAGGCCCGUAAUCUGCCAGCACCCUAUGACAAAAAAUGUAACACACCAGCAGUGUGAGGAGACCUGAAAGUGGCACAUGGCAUGAGACACUGAGGACCUGGCAGCAGCAUGAGGAGGCGGUACAGGGGCCCAUGGCAGAUUAGGCGCCUGGCAGCAGCA